CAGCAGCUUCAUCUUCUCUCAGGGCCCCGGUAGGCCCUGGCCACACCCUUCUCGCCCUACAUUGGGACCUGGGGUCUGGAAGUCCAGCAGGAACGAUGGCUGAGGCCAGUGUCUCCCCAUGUCCCUCAGCAGAGGACAACAUGGCAGCCAAGCAGCCUCCUCCGCUCAUGAAGAAGCACAGCCAGACGGACCUUGUGAGCCGCCUGAAGACCAGGAAGAUCCUGGGCGUGGGCGGGGAGGAUGAUGAUGGCGAAGUGCACCGGUCAAAGAUCAGCCAGGUCUUGGGCAAUGAGAUCAAGUUUGCUGUGCGGGAGCCUCUGGGGCUCAGGGUCUGGCAGUUUCUUUCUGCUAUGCUGUUCUCCAGUGUGGCCAUCAUGGCCCUCGCCCUCCCUGACCAGCUCUACGACGCAGUUUUUGAUGGGGCUGAGGUUACCAGCAAGACCCCCAUCCGUCUCUACGGUGGUGCCCUCCUUAGCAUCUCCCUGAUCAUGUGGAAUGCACUCUACACCGCCGAGAAGGUCAUCAUCCGCUGGACUCUGCUCACUGAGGCCUGCUACUUUGGGGUGCAGUCUUUGGUGGUCACUGCCACACUUGCUGAGACAGGCCUCAUGCCCCUGGGGACCCUGCUGCUCCUGGCCAGCCGCCUCCUCUUUGUCAUUGUCAGCAUUUACUACUAUUACCAAGUCGGCCGGAAACCCAAGAAAGUGUAGCUGGCUGGGACCUGCCUGGGUCUGGGCCUGGACCUGGGCCAGAGUGGCUGGGGACUUCAG